GUUAUUGUUGUUCUUGGUUGUUGUUGUUGGUGCGCUCGCUCGUAUUGCAACUAUUGUUUUAUUUUAGUUUUCUUUCGAAAGUAUUAAAUAGUCAUGGCGUGUAAGAUUGAAAACGAAGAACCUCUAUACUGUUCUGUUGAGGAAUCGGAAAAUGAAGGUCCGUUGUCGAAAAAAAAGCGAGGUGAAUCUAAAAAGUGGAUAUUGGUAAACAAAUUUUCGUGUGUUAGUUCUGCUGAAGAAUCCGUGAGGGCACAAAAAACGUGGGCAGUGCGUUCUACACACAGUACUUUGUACGAAAAAAAACGAUUUUAUAGGUGCAUCAAAGUACCACGUAAAGGAGUACAGUGUGCAGCAGCAAUAUUAAUGUUAUUUAAGUUUGAUACAAAAGCAGUGCUACUUUAUCGCACUGAAUGCGAGCAUGAUCAUGAUUUUAUUAAGAAAAACUACGGUUAUGGUAUUUGCGCCGAAACUAAAUCCGCAAUAAAUAAUCUCUUGGACCUUCAUUUGAAACCGAACAAAAUCAUGGAGUGUUUGAAGAAAAACUCUGGAUUACAAAUGCCUACAAAACGACAGCUUUAUAACUACUUAGCAGAUCGCCGGCGUAUCAAAGUCACAGUCCACAAAUCCACAGUUUCUUUAGGUAAUGCAAAUCUAGCAACUUUGGCACAUCAAAAAUUAAAGCACCGUUUUAUUUAUGAGGAACACACUUCAAGAUCUAGUCUUGAAUAUGCAGGUGUGCCUCUAAAGCAUGAAUCAGUUACAUCACAAGGGAUGGACAUGAACAAUCGCAACCAAUCAAUAAUCGGUAUGGUGGUCAUCUCACCAUCGAAUCACAAUUAUUCUCUCAGGCAGGUCAAAGACUCAGAUCAUUCUGGGGAUGAUGGUGGAAGUGAAGAUGACCUCUUAUAUGACUCCAGUCGCAAAUCUAAAGGCGCUGUUCACUCAGUACCUAAAACGCCGUGCAGUCUGUGCAAGAAAUCAAUAACAGGGUUCGUGUUCGUAUGCGUGCAAUGCAACGUGCGCGCGUGUGGCACGUGCGACGCGCGCGGCCUGCACGCGAAACACUUCGUGCUGCGCGCGCCGAGUGGAAGCGCACAGAACGAUUUGAAUCUGGUGCUCGGCAAAAUCCGGGAUGCGUUACAGUCGUCCGGCUUCGUCCGCGCCCCGGACACGCGCUCGGACAACAGGGAAGGAAGCGACGCCGACAACGAAGAGGAAUUUGAAGUGAAAACGGAGAUAAAGCUGGAAAUCGACGUGGAGGAACAAGACCCGCUCCUCGAAAGUGCUGAGUACGACGAACUGUUCGCGCCGGGCGCGGGCGCUGCUCGAGGAUCACAGGUCGUACCAGAACAAGAAAUAAAGUCAGAACCACCCGAUACGAGUUCCCCGGUGUCACUGUCAACCGACAUCGCCUCGUCGCGUCGUCAGUCCGCCGAGUCGGCCGGCUCUGCGUCGGAUAGCGACUCCCAACCGCUGGCCAAGAGAAAGCGCAUCGACCAAGGACAACCGACUGCAAGCCCAAAACCUUCGCCGUUAAGAUCCAAAGACAUUGAGAAACCGGACAAAGAAAUAUUAGAUUCAGAUCCCAACACAGACCCGGGGUCUCCGUCUGCCGCGGGCGCAAUAACUCGUCUCAAAGAGUGAAAGCAGUUACAUAUAUUGUAAUUUGCCUUCUAUUAUGUUUAAGUUGCGACUGAUUAAAAUUAUUAUUUGAAAA